AUGACAGGUGUGAGCACAGAGCUGAGGACAGCAGACUCUCUGCUUGUGCUGCUGAGUUCUUCUCCAGAGUGUAACGGACAAGACACAGUGAAGCAGGCAGCAGGAGAGGACCGAGUGAAAGAGGGACACACUCACACACUCAUCUGCAACUUUACAACAAGCGGCUUCACAAGCAACGACCUGUUCUGGUACAGACAGAAAGAUGGUGAUUCUCCAAAGUACAUGAUGCGGCGAUCCACAUAUGACAAAGGUCAAAAUUCUCCAGAGUUUGAUGAAUCCAAGUUUGGUGCUGAGCUCGUGGGGAACUCUGUGUCUCUGAAGAUGGAGGCUGUGGAUGUGACUGACUCUGCUGUGUACUACUGUGCUCUGCAGCCCACACUGACAGGAAACACCAACACUCUGAACAAAAACCUGCAGCAAAGACAAUACAAUAGUGCAGUGUCUCCACUAGAGGGCGACACUCUCUGUGAGAAUUAG